CCUGCCUCGCCUGCCCCCAGAGAAUGUCAGCCAAGUCCAAGGGGACCCCCUCCUCGUCCUCUCCAGCCGAGGGACCGCCGGCAGCCUCCAAAACCAAGGUGAAGGAACAGAUCAAGAUCAUCGUGGAGGAUCUAGAAUUAGUCCUGGGCGACCUGAAGGACGUGGCCAAGGAACUUAAGGAGGUGGUUGACCAGAUUGAUACCCUGACCUCCGACCUGCAGCUGGAGGAUGAGAUGACCGACAGCUCCAAAACGGACACCCUGAAUAGUAGCUCCAGCGGAACAACGGCCUCCAGCAUCGAGAAGAUCAAAGUGCAGGCCCACGCACCCCUCAUCAAGCCCCCCGCACACCCGUCUGCUAUCCUCACCGUCCUGAGAAAGCCAAACCCUCCGCCGCCUCCCCCGCGGUUGACCCCUGUGAAGUGUGAAGACCCCCGGAGAGGGGCGCCGACGGUCAAUCCCGUGAAGACGAAUGGCACCCUCCUGCGAAACGGAGGCUUCCCCGGGGCACCCAGCAAAAUUCCAAAUGGAGACCUCUGCUGCAUCCCCGCUAGUACCUUGGACAAGGCUCCCGGGCGGCCUCUGAAGCACAGACCUGAAAAAGACAGGUGCCCCCAGGCAGGGCCUCGGGAACGAGUUCGGUUUAAUGAAAAAGUGCAGUACCAUGGCUACUGUCCCGACUGUGACACCCGGUAUAACAUAAAAAACAGGGAGGUCCAUUUACACGGCGAACCUGUCCACCCACCGGAAAAGCUUCCUCACCAGGCCCCCCCCCUCCCUCCUCCACCCCACCUCCCUCCUUUUCCACUGGAAAACGGGGGGCUGGGAAUAAGCCACAGUCACAGUUUCCCCCCUCUCAGACCUGCAACUGUGCCUCCUCCCACGGCACCAAAACCACAGAAGACAAUCUUGAGGAAGUCAACCACUACAACAGUGUGA